CUCGGCAAUGGUAUACAGAGUGUGAGCUGCCCACUGAGUGAAUGGAUUUGAAUUACUCAAGAAUCUGUAGUAGAAACCUUCAUCUAGCGAUCCGGGUCUGCGAGCGAGAAAGACCUUGCAUUCAGUCUUUCGGAAAGAAUUGGACUUCAAAGGUGUUCGCCUGGAUCAGAAAUAUGUGGCACAGGUUUUCAUGACAAGGAUGUAUUGUUGUAAUCUUGAAAUCCCGAAUCGUAGCCAGUCUUUUGGAUCUGAGAUUGUAGAUGGUAUGAGACAUGAAGGAUCCCAGUAAUUUAGCAUCUUACAUGCUUUAUAGGGACACGAAUUGUGAGAAGCGUAAUUUGCAAAUGAGAUUGUGAUGAGUUACGCGGAUGAUGCAUAGAACAAAGCGGUCAGUGCUUUCUUGGAAAUAUUGGAAUACAAAAGUGGAAGGGCAAAGCCCAGUACAUCAAAGCCACAACGAUCUUAAAACGUUCAGCUGACAAGAAGUGUACAGGCUAACUCUUGUGGAACGUCAGACUCGGUUACCUGCGUCAAGUAUCGAGCCCAACUCUGAAGUCACUUCGAGACUGGCAAAAUGGGACAGAUAUAUCGUCGCCGUAAGAUACUGCUGUGGUUUCUUGCACAAAUUGAAAGGGUGGUUCGAGAAAUUUUUAUAGGCCUUAUGGACUACUGAAUUUGGAGAGACAGUAACAUGUCAAGAAUGAAGGCUUUGGAUCUAAACCUGUGAUUCACAGCGGAUUUAUCGAGGAGUCCGUACCUACCUACCAAUCGCCGCAGCGAUGGCAAUGAAAGUUUGCUGCUGCAUAAAUGAUGCGCACUCGAUGUUGGUAUUGUGUGUAGCAGUCAAUAGUGCGAGGAGUGAAAUCUACAGUGGAGGUAGAGAUUGUCUUAUCAAGGUUUGGGAUAUCGAGUCCGGCAAGCUACUUCGGAAACAACAGCAGCAUUCGAACUGGAUUACGACUCUUCUUUUCGUGCCAGCCCCUGUGAAGAUGCUCUUUUCCAGCUCUCUUGAUGGAAAUAUUCUGGUGUGGUCAGAUAGGGGUCGACUGCUUCAGGUUAUAGAAUUCGGAGGACCAGUGUUCUGUUUGGGAUGGAAUCCGAAGAGAAGACAGCUGGUGGUGGGAGGACGGGGUGCCGUUCAACUGUAUCAAGUCCUUCGAUCCUCAACUACCUACCUACAAACUGAUUCUGAAAGGAAAGCUGUUGCAUAUCUCAAGUUUCUGGAGCUUUCCUUCUGCCUUUGCAAUCACGACGACGUUGUUACCAGUGUUUGUUCCACAGAAAAAGGAAAAAUAUUCACUGUAGGGUUGGAUCGGGCCCUCUGCUUCUUCGAUGGUGACAGGCCGGAUGACACUCUUCGAAAGAUUCCAAACUGCCAUGAGGGAGGCAUUACGACUGUUACUUACGACAAGGAUAGUAAAUGGCUCGUUACUGGAGGUUAUGAUGGUUGCGUGAAGAUAUGGAGCCAAGAAGGGCACUGUCUCGAUUGUUUUGAUAACAUCACUGACUGCGUAACCUCCAUUGCCUACGUUUUUUCCACAAGAUGUUACUGGAUUACUGGAAAGAACAAUUCGGUGGUGGUAAUCGAUCCUGCGGCACCUGCUGACAUGACAGAGUGGAUUCAAGACACGUCCUCUUUCCAUGAUUACGCAAUAGUCCAAGUUUUACAUGACCAUACGAAGGACAUAGUGGUCGGUUGCACUGUAGAUCGGAGACUUGUCUGCUGGAGGUAUGAUCGAUGUGUUCCUCACCGCGUGUUACAUGGUCACUCCACUUGGGUUGAUGUUUUGCUCAUAGCUAUAAGAAGAGCUUACAAGGAGAGACUUCUGAUUAAAGACACCACUGAUAUUAUGCCCGAGCGAAAGAAACUCAGAAAACGGAAGAGCAUUAGGAAUGCCGGAACACCACAUAGCUCGAUGUCAGGUUCAUCACUCUCAGGAGCAUCUAAUACAGACACUAGCGGUUCUAGCGUGCGAGCUUCAACAGCUGCGACAACCUCGAGUUCUGGAGCAUCGGAAAUAAGGAUGAUCUCCUAUGAGCCUGAGAUAUUCAGUGGGAGUUCUGACGGGCAGAUUAUCAAGUGGAUACCAAACCCAGAUCCGAACAAGGACAUCUGGGUGUACUCCAAAAUAGCACCGAGAUGCAACCGUUCUAUCAACUGCAUGUUGCACCAUGUUGAGCUAGAUCUAUUAAUCACAGGUUCUGGAGAUUCCGACAUCAGCAUCUGGAACAUGGAUGGCUAUAGAAGCGUCCCUUUGUGGAGAUCAGCAACUCGUAAAGCACACGGCCCAGAUAUACUCAGAGGGCACACAGGAAAAAUUGUCGCUUUAUGUGCUCUGCCAGAUCUGAUACUAGUUUCAGCAUCUGCAGACAAGAGCCUGCGAUUUUGGGAUUUGUCUACCAGGCUACCAACGGAUGUUUAUGAGAUGGCCCAAGAUCACCCAUUCCAGGAUAUGACGUACAGCCCAACAAGAGAUCAGCUGGCAACUUGUGGAGGAGAUUCUACAGUGAAGAUAUGGUUUGGUGAACGGCGCAAGAAAGUUAAACAUCAUCUCAACGCUCCAGUCCUCGAUGGAGACGUGGAGAUAGUAAGGUGGUGCACAACUCACAACGGAAUCUGGGUGACAGCAACAGAGCGUGGGUGCAUCACCACUUGGGAUUCUCUUACUCAAGCUGCAUUGAGUACCAUGUGCAGUCACAAACAACCGGUCACAGCGAUGUUGGUCGAUGAGGAGAAUGACUAUAUCCUUAUAAGUUACCUGUACGACUAUAGUAUACGAGUCUAUCCUCUACUUUUGCAAGGGGAGGAGGUUUGUGUAUAUACAGGGCACACGGAUCAGAUUCAUUCGAUAGUCUAUCUAAAAGUUCGCCAUCAGUUCAUUUCUGCAUCAUGGGAUACCACUUUGAGAGUAUGGCUCGCUCCUCCUUAUGAUAAGGGCCCUGUGGCGGAGAAAAAAAUGGUCCUGAAGGAUAUGUUGACCAGCAAAGCAAUAGAGGCUCCAACAGAAGCUCCGUCGGAUGAGUUUGAUAUCACUGUAGAAAAAUCACAGUAUGUAAGCACCUACGAGAAAAGUCACCCUAUUGUGAUACCAGAGGUGUUAGCAAAUCCAAUGAAUACAGAUAUCUCCGCACUACACAUGGCCGUUCCAAAGCAAGAUGCAGUUAUGGCAGAGGUUGAUAAGGUGAUCUGCGUAAGCCUAUGUGAGAAGCUGGAUGAACUCGAGGCUCAGUUCAAGAAGCAAAUGAUUCAAGACGAGGAAGAGAAAGUCAAGAAGAAACAGAAAAAUCCCGAAGUUACCUUUCCUAACACCGCUGAAAUGAGGAUCCAUCCCCGCGCAGAUCAAAAGUGAUAUACUGCUUCUGAGAUAAGAAGGUUGGACGUAAAUACAAGAUAGUAAGGGCGAAGGAUCUUAAGGAAUUUUCGGAGCAGUCUAAAAGAUUUUGUACUCUCUGUAAAAAAUCACUUUUGCACAACAUCCUACAUGUUCCUGCCCUCGCUGGGAUAACCUCAAGCAGGUAGCGAAUAGUUGCUUGCGAUGUUGAGUGCACCGUAUACUUUCCGAGUGGGUGCGGAAUGAUUCUUGAUGUUACUUUGACGCUUUUAUCCAAAUAAAGUCAUGUCUAACUGCAAGAGCCAUAUUCUUU